AUGAAGGGAAGCAGCCUCGCCGCUCUUGGUCUGACGACGAUGCUUAAUACCAUGUCAGCCAUGGCCCAGAACCUGUCCUACGGAGCCGACAACUUCUACCGCAGCGACAGCGUCACGGUCCAGCCGAUCACCUUCGAGAACCAGUACCGGAUGACCAUCGCGGGCAACCUCUUCACGCGCAACAACUUCACGCACAACAACAACAACAUCACCGCACCGGCCAUCGUGGUCGGCCACCCGAUGGGCGCCGUGAAGGAGCAGAGCGCGAACCUGUACGCGACGAAGCUGGCCGAGCAGGGCUUCGUGACCGUCUCGCUAGACCUGUCGUUCUGGGGCGGCAGCUCGGGCGAGCCACGCAACGCAGUGUCGCCGGAUCUCUACGCGGAGGCGUUCAGCGCAGCGGUCGACUAUCUGGGCACGCAGGAGUUCGUCGACCGCGAGCGUAUCGGCGCGCUCGGUAUCUGCGGCAGCGGCGGGUUCGUGAUCAGCGCGGCGAAGAUCGACCCGCGCAUCCGGGCCAUCGCGACGUCGAGCAUGUACGACAUGGGCGCCGCCAACCGCAACGGGCUGCAGAGGUCGCAGAGCGUCGAGCAGCGCAAGGAGAUCAUCGCCGGGGCGGCGCAGCAGCGCUGGACCGAGAUCGACGGCGGCGACGUCCAGUACACCAGUGGCACGCCAAGUGAGCUCACGCCAGAUACACCUGCUGUCGGACGCGAGUUCUACGACUUCUAUCGCACCCUGCGUGGCGAGUUCACGCCCAACGGCUCGUCGCCGAACCUCACGACCCACCCCACGCUCUCCAGUAACGUCAAGUUCAUGAACUUUUACCCGUUCAACGAUAUCGACACCAUCUCGCCGCGUCCGCUGCUCUUCAUCUCGGGCGACCAGGCCCACUCGCGCGAGUUCAGCGAGGACGCUUAUGCGCGUGCGGCCGAGCCGAAGGAGCUGUUCUGGGUGCCUAGAGCCGGCCAUGUCGACCUCUACGAUCGUGUCGAUCUCAUCCCCUUUGGCAAGCUCACGCGGUUCUUUCAGACGAAUCUCAGCAGAAAGGGAGCCAGGGCGGUUCGUGUCUGA